AGAAUAGAAUAGAAAAUUGUACUAUAUAUCUGGAUCAAGAUACGCGAAGAAUGUAAUUGUAAUUAUUAUUUAGUGAAAAUCAUACAUUAUUAUCCAUCCAUAAUUGAGAUUAGCAUGUGUUGUUUUGUUUGUUUGUUUCAUUAUUUGACUUAUCAAUCGCCAUAUUUAAGGGUACUUGUCGUAGGAAAAAUAUGAAUCUUUCUGAAAGUAAAAUUAAAGAUGAAAUAAGUGAUGAUGCAACAGUAUUAUCAUCAAUAAGCAAUAAAGAACGUGAGGAAUCUGAAACAGGGAAAGAAAAAGGACCUAAAGAAAAUCUUCAAGAAGUGUUGGAAGAGGUUCAAUCCGAUGUAAUUAAAUAUACUUCACCACUUCAGAAUAUUGAAAACUUCUCGGACUCAUCAAGUGAUUCAGAUAUUAUAGAAGAAGCAGAAGCAGAAGAAGAAAUAAAUUUGGAAACUUGUAGUGCCCGGGAUUAUAUUGAGCACACAGUUGGACAAAUAUUAUUAAUAGGAUUAACUAUACUUGAACGUGAAAGACCAGAAAACCCAAUUAAAUGGCUUGCCCGAUUUCUCCUAUUUAAUAAAGAUCAUCCAUGUGAAUUGAUAGGAAAACAAUUAGAGCAGGAGAGUUUUGAACUAAUCAAACUUCCAGAACACAUAAAGAAGGUUAUAAUGGAAGACUUACAAGACCUCGAUACUGUAGUUGUCAAUAAAUUGGUUUAAAACAGAGAAUCUUUCUUUAUUUAAAAACUCACAGAAUCAAUUAGAUCUAUAAUUUCUUCUCAAUUUCCUUUUUUCAUGAGUAUCUUCAACUCAGUGAUUCUUCUUAUCUUCUCUAUUCUUCACCAGAACUCAUUGCAUCCAUAAAUUUUGAGAAGAAAUGAUCACUGAGGAGGGUAUCUUCUUCGUGUUCAGAACCUUCAGCACUCAAAUAUCUAAACAUGAAAAUUCUUAAUUUCAUAAAUCUUUCUUUCUCUCAAAUACAUAUUAUCAAGAUUUAAUACAUAUUAUAUGUUAAAUUUAAAUAAAAUAGAACUAACUGAUCAAAUGAAGAAGGGCUCAG